AUGACUAAGGAAAUACCAUAUUAUUCCGAUAACGACGAUAAUAACAUCAUUAGACUAUUCAUCAUUAGACAUGGACAAACAGAGCAUAACGUGAAAAAAAUACUACAAGGUCACAAAGAUACCUCGAUUAACCCGACUGGGGAAGAACAAGCCACUAAACUAGGACAUUAUUUACAUUCAAGAGGUAUUCACUUUGAUAAGGUUGUGAGUAGUGAUUUAAAAAGAUGUAGGCAAACGACAUCUUUAGUUUUAAAACAUUCCAAACAAGAUGAUGUGCCUACAUCCUACACUUCAGGUUUAAGAGAGCGUUAUAUGGGUGUUAUCGAAGGUAUGCAGAUCACUGAGGCCGAAAAGUAUGCUGAUAAGCAUGGUGAGGGUUCCUUUAGAAAUUUCGGUGAAAAAACUGACGAUUUUGUUGCCAGGUUAACUGGUUGUAUUGAAGAGCAGGUUGCCAAAGCGUCGGAUGAAGGUGCAAAGAACCUAGCGCUAGUGAGUCAUGGUGGUGCUAUUAGGAUGAUAUUGCAAUGGUUAAAAUAUGAAAACAAGCAUGCCCAUAAGAUUAUUGUUUUCAACACCUCCGUCACUAUAGUUGACUAUAUUAAAGAUUCUAAACGAUUCGUCAUCAGACGUGUUGGUAACACCCAACAUCUUGGUGAUGGCGAAUUUGUCGUAAGCGAUUUGAGAUUACGUUAA